UGUGGGGUCGCGAUUCAUUCCACGCGUUUUGCGUCCCUCUUUGGUUUCCAUACGAGAAAGAGAGGGGGAGGGACCAUCAUGGCUUCCAAGGCCGUGAAGUUGACAGCCGUCCCGGCUGCUCUGGGGCUGGCCUCGUUUCGUGUUUAUGCCAUGAGUGAAGAGAAACAUGAAGAGCUCAUCUCCCCACGAGAGCUCACAAUCUACUCCCCUGAUCCUCCUGCAAUGCACUAUGUGGAGGAGCAUCCGGGGCCACUACAGAGAGGCUUGGGGGUGGUGAGAGUGGGACUGCAGCCCUAUGUUCGAGCAGUGAAGAAUGCCUGCACUUCAGUCAAGGUUGGUGCAGUAGCUGUUUACCAGACAGGAGAAGAUACAUACAACUUCUUGAGAGAUCCUCCCCCGGGUUUCCUCCCAAGAGUGGGUGUCAUAACAGUGUCUGGUUUGGCAGGACUCAUACUGGCACGGAAAGGGUCACACUUAAAGAGGCUGGGUGUGCCACUUGGUAUGACAACAGUGGGAACUGCCGUGUGCUACCCCACUCAAACAGUUGGGGUCUUGAAGGUGACCGGUAAGAAGAUAUAUGCUGCAAGUUCAUCUGUGGCCUCAGUCUUCAAAUCGAAACCCAAAGAACCCAUCAUCGCCUCAGCUACCAGCCUUGAGCCAGUGUCAAGUCCAGUACCGGAAGCUGAGGUCCCUGAAUCCAAAGCUUUGCCUGAGUCUACAUCAUCUGAUCCAGCCCCAGCCAUUGAUGCCCCUCCUGCUCCAUCUGAAGAAGUCCCUCAGCCCUCCUCAGAACCCCCAGCAGCCCCAGAAUCUGCCCCUGUAGCUGAAACAACCCCAGCCACUACCCCAGAACCUGCCCCAGAGGCUAUUCCAGAAGCUGUCCCCGCUCAAGAGGCAUCAGCUGUGGAACUGGCUGCUGAAGCGGCCCCUGCUGAGGUCACUGAGGCUGCAUCAACUCCAGAGCCUGCCCCAGAACCUGCCCCAGAGGCUGCAGCUGCCCCAGAACCUGCUGCAGAGGCUUCAGCUGCCCCAGAGGCUGCAGCUGCCCCCGAACCUGCCCCAGAGGCCGCAGCUGCUCCAGAACCUGCCCCAGAACCUGCUGCAGAGGCUUCAGCUGCCCCAGAGGCUACAGCUGCCCCCGAACCUGCCCUAGAGGCUGCAGCUGCCCCCGAACCUGCUGCAGAGGCCGCAGCUGCUCCAGAACCUGCCCCAGAGGCUGCAGCUGCCCCAGAACCUGCUGCUGAGGCUUCAGCUGCCCCAGAGGCCGCAGCUGCCCCCGAACCUGCCCCAGAGGCCGCAGCUGCUCCAGAACCUGCCCCAGAGGCUGCAGCUGCCCCUGAACCUGCCCCAGAACCUGCUGCAGAGGCUUCAGCUGCCCCAGAGGCUGCUCCAGAACCUGCCCCAGAGGCUGCAGCUGCCCCUGAACCUGCCCCAGAGGCUGCAGCUGCCCCAGAACCUGCCCCAGAGGCUGCAGCUGCCCCAGAACCUGCCCCAGAGGCCGCACCUGCCCCAGAGGCCGCAGCUGCCCCAGAACCUGCCCCAGUACCUGCCCCAGCUGCUCCAGAAGCUGCAGCUGCACCUGAACCUGCUCCAGAGGCUACAGCUGCCCCAGUCUCAGAAGCUGCAUCUGCCCCAGAACCUGCCCCAGAGGCUGCGGCUGCCCCUGAAUCUGCACCAGAGGCUGCACCUGCUGCUGAACCUACUCCAGACACUCCACCUGUACCUGCUGAGGCCCCUGAAGUUACUGCUGCUGCAGCCCCAGAGGUGGCACCUGCAGGAGAACCCACUGAGACUCCAGCCCCAGCUGCAGAAGAGGCCCCAGCUCCAGCCCCAGCCCCAGCUGUAGAGGAAGCCACACUCCCUGCCCCUGAGGCACCUGUGGCAGCCGUUAGUGAAGCCGCUUCCUCUAGCAGUGAACCCAGCUUCAUUGUUAUUGAAGCACCUGGCAUAGAGGCAACCCCCCCGCCUGCAGUAGACGACGUGGCCUUGUCUGUGGAAGAGACCACCCCCGCAGCCCUGGAAGAGCCUGUUCCAGUGAAGGCCGUUACUGAGACACCACAGUUUGUUCCUGAUCCUUUGCUUGUGGACCAUGGCCAGGCCCACCCUGAGGACUCUGACAUGUAUAGCACUCGCAGCUAGACCAAAAUGGAGGGCAAGGGAGAAGGGGGGCAGGGGUGAUAAGAGCAGCACUGAAUGGGAGCUGUGGGUGAUUUUCACCACCAGUCAACUCAAGCAAAGUAAUCCAAAGUUCUGGUCACACAGCCGUGCCAUGAGCGGCACACACAGACACACAAUAUUUCGGAUCUGUCAUGUCUUGUGAAGGUGUUUCUCCGUACUUCCUUCUAAGGCCUCAGGCCUUUGAUAACUUUUACCUCACUUACUUAUUGAUCAGUUUACCAACGGUGUGUGUGGUGUGUGUAUACAGUAUGUGAUGAUGGGAACACCAACAUUGUGGUGUCAGCCAGUCACACAUCCCCACACACACUGUACAUAGAAGAAAAAAAACACGGUACAGGGAGCACAGUGAUGUUAUUACUAAGUCACAUUACAGUCAUAAAAAAUAUUAAGCCAAGGGAGACUUCCUGCCCUAACAGGAAGAUGGCAUUCCCACCACUGUAUACUGUGAACCUAUUUGGUACAUCAUUUACCAAACUCAGAUGUCAAAGAAACAGUUUUACCAGGACCAUACAGUCUUUUAUACCUGAAACAAAACUUUUCUAAGGUUUACACAUUUUGUUUAGCCACAUCAAUGUUUUUCUGUCCGCUUAUUAAGAUCCGUAAUAUCUAGACAAUCUAUGCAAUAGCAUCUAUUUGAAAUCUUUGAGUAGGGGUCAUGUUCAAACUUUACUGCUGAAUGUAUAGGCUUAAGGUGUGUUUGGCUAUUACGUUUCAGAUCAGCAAAGGAGCAAAGACAAGAGUAUAAGGCUUUGAGUUGAGUUGGCGGUGUCGUGGCAGCGUCACCUUCGAGGUUUAGGUCUCCUAAGUUUGCAGAUACUACUCGACACCGAUGUGCAUUAAAUAGGAGUAGAAUAUUAACGUGUGCACAUCUGUAGUGUAUUGACUGACUGAUGUAUGUGAUUGUUGGAAUAUUACGUGUUAUAAGAAUGAAUCGGUGAGCCAUAGUAGUUCGGAGGUAAGGGAAGUUAUUUUGAUUUGAGCUUAUUUAUACUUGCGUAAGGAUCUUUCAAUCAUGACAUGUGAUAUUACUUGAAUGCAUAUUUUCCAGACACUUUUUACAGGGUUUUCACAUCAGUAUCUUAAACUGUAAUUCAUGCAAAAAGUGUUCCAUGUUUUCUUACCUAUGAUAAUGUAACAUUUUCAUCUCACUUUCUGUAACUUUAUCACAUGGCUUGGUAUGUCUGUACCUCUGGUGCAAAUGAAAAAGGGGAAUAAAAUGAAGUUUUGGACGUUUUGAGAA